AUGAAUGCUGGUGAUCAGGAGUAUGAUGCUGAUGAGUUUCGUGCUUUGGGGAAGUUCCAGAGGAACAAUCCGCCAUCUUUUGGAGGAGUUUAUGAACCUGACAAAGCUCAAGAGUGCUUGAAGGCGAUUGAGAAAAUAUUUCGAGUUAUGAAUUGUUCAGAUGCGCAGAAGGUGCAAUUUGGCACUCAUAUGCUUGAGAAAGAAGCUGAGGACUGGUGGCGCAACACUAUUAAGAUAUUUGAUGAGGAUGAUGUUCGUGGUAAGAAGGAAAUUGAAUUCCUUGAGUUGAAGCAAGGUAAUGGUACCGUAGUUGAGUAUGCUGCAAAGUUUAAGGAGUUGGUCAAAUUUUGUCCCCAUUACAAUACUGCUAAUGCUGAGAGAUCCAAGUGUCUUAAGUUUAUGAAUGGAUUGAGACCUGAUAUCAAGAAGGAAAAGGGUUACCAACAAAUUACAAGAUUUUCUGAGUUGGUUAAUAAGAGUAUGAUCUAUGAUGAGGAUAGCCGUGAGAGUGUUGCUCAUUACAAGUCCUUGCAUGAUAAGAAAGGAAAAGGGAAAUUCUGA